UUUCCUUUCUCACUCACCCUUUUCAAUUUCUAAAUAGUCAUCUUUGAACAUUUUUUGUCUCAAAAACUUGAAAAAGGGUUUUGUUAUUGUGUACCCAUUUUGCGCAUUGUUCACUGUAGAGAGAGAGAUGGAGAGUGGGAAGAGAGCAGAAGCAGGGCCAUCAACAGGUGCUAGUGAGGAGAAGCAAGAGAGAGAAGAAAGGAAAAUGACUGAGAAACCAUUAGCUGUUGAGGUUUGUGAUGAUCAUGAAGAAGACGAAGAAGAUGAAGAUAAGGAAGAUGGUGUCGGAGCUGUGGCUGGUUUUGUUCCUGGACCUCUUCUUUCUCUCAAGGAACAGAUUGAGAAAGACAAGGAUGAUGACAGCUUAAGGAGAUGGAAGGAGAAGCUUCUUGGUUGUGUUGAAGGAGACCUAAAUGGCCAAAUGGAACCUGAAGUCAAAUUCCACUCCAUAGGAAUUAUUUCUGAUGACCUUGGGGAAAUUAAUUACCCCUUGCCCAUUGAUAGGAAUCAGAAUGGUCUUCUCCUGUUUACUCUCAAGGAAGGAUCUCAAUAUCAGCUGAAGUUAUCAUUUAGUGUUCUGCACAACAUUGUUUCUGGUUUAACGUACUCCAACACAGUGUGGAAGGCAGGGCUUCAAGUUGAUCAAAACAAAGGAAUGUUGGGUACUUUUGCUCCUCAGCGAGAACCAUAUGUGUACAUCUUGGAUGAAGAGACUACGCCAUCUGGGGUGCUGGCAAGGGGAAUUUACUCCGCAAAGCUUAAGUUUGAAGAUGAUGACAGAAGAUGCCACAUGGAGCUCAACUACUCCUUCGAGAUAAAGAAGAGCAGCUAGCCAAGUUGUUUUCAAAUAGUUUUGUUUCUCGUUUUCUCCCAAUUCCUUUUCUGUUUCAUGAACUUCAUACAUGUUUGUGGAGUUAUCAAUUAGACAAUACAAUCUUUGCAGGCAGAGUUAAACUUUUAAUGUU